CCGGUGUACUGCGUGUGCCGGCAGCCGUACGACGUGAGCCGCUUCAUGAUCGAGUGCGACGUCUGCAAGGACUGGUUCCACGGCAGCUGUGUUGGAGUAGAAGAGCAUCAUGCUUUUGACAUUGACCUGUAUCACUGCCCUGACUGUGCAGUUCUCCACGGCUCCUCCUUGAUGAAGGAGAGGAGGAACUGGCAUCGACAUGACUGCACGGAGGUCGACGAUGGCUCCAAACCAGUACAGGCGGGGACCCGGGCCUUUGUGAGGGAGCUGCGGGCUCGGGUCUUCCCUAGUGCCGAUGAGGUCAUUGUGAAGAUGCAUGGUGGUCAGUUGACGCAGAGAUACCUGGAGAAGCAUGGAUUCGACGUCCCCAUUAUGGUCCCUAAGUUAGAUGACCUAGGACUGAGGCUCCCUCCACCGACUUUCUCUGUUACGGACGUGGAACGUUAUGUAGGUGGUGACAAAGUGAUUGACGUCAUCGAUGUGGCAAGACAGGCAGACAGCAAAAUGACGCUUCACAAUUAUGUAGACUACUUCACAAACCCUAACAGACCGAAAGUGUUAAAUGUGAUCAGCCUGGAGUUUUCAGAUACAAAGAUGUCUGAAUUGGUGGAAGUCCCUGAUAUAGCCAGAAAACUUUCCUGGGUAGAAAAUUACUGGCCAGACGAUUCCGUCUUUCCUAAGCCAUUUGUUCAGAAAUACUGCUUAAUGGGUGUUCAAGACAGCUACACAGAUUUCCACAUCGACUUCGGUGGCACUUCAGUCUGGUACCAUGUCCUCUGGGGUGAGAAGAUCUUUUAUUUGAUAAAACCAACAGAGGAAAAUCUGGCCCUCUAUGAAUCUUGGAGUUCCUCUGUGACCCAGAGUGAGGUUUUCUUUGGAGAUAAGGUGGAUAAAUGCCACAAAUGUGUGGUAAAGCAGGGACAUACCUUAUUUGUUCCAACAGGAUGGAUUCACGCUGUACUCACUUCUCAGGACUGUAUGGCUUUCGGGGGCAACUUCCUGCACAACCUUAACAUUGGCAUGCAGCUCAGGUGUUAUGAGAUGGAGAAAAGGCUAAAAACACCAGAUCUUUUCAAGUUCCCUUUUUUUGAAGCCAUAUGUUGGUUCGUAGCCAAAAACUUACUGGAAACCCUGAAAGAGCUGAGAGAAGAUGGUUUCCAGCCGCAGACGUACCUGGUGCGGGGAGUGAAGGCUCUGCACGCUGCUUUAAAAUUAUGGAUGAAGAAGGAACUUGUAUCUGAACAUGCCUUUGAAAUUCCAGACAAUGUUAGACCUGGACAUCUUAUUAAAGAACUUUCUAAAGUAAUUCGGGCAAUAGAGGAGGAAAAUGGCAGACCAGUUAAAUCUCAGGGAAUUUCUACUGUGUGUCCAGUUCCACGACCCUCACAUGAAGCAACAUCCCCAUACCAUUCCCGUCGGAGGAUGCGGAAACUUCGAGACCACACUGUCCGGACUCCUUCUAACCUUGACAUCUUAGAGCUCCAUACAAGAGAAGUCCUCAAAAGGCUGGAGAUGUGUCCAUGGGAAGAGGACAUCCUGAGCUCUAAACUGAAUGGAAAAUUCAACAAACAUCUCCAGCCAUCUUCCACGGUCCCUGACUGGAGAACAAAAGAUAAUGACCUGCGAUUACUGCUGACCAACGGAAGGAUAAUUAAAGACGAGAGACAGCCCUUCACAGACUCCAGUCUUUAUACAGCGGAUAGUGAAAGUGAAGAGGACAAAAGAAGGACCAAAAAGACACAAAUGAAGAGAGAAGAGAGUUCAGGACUAGAGAUGGUGGAGAGAGAAGAAUCUCAAACACCACUAAACAGGUUUUUACUAAGUGUGAAGUCAGAACUCAGGAGCAGAUCAUCCGAAUACUCUGAUAUGUCUGAUUCGGAAGACUCUGGACCCGACUGCACUGCACUGAAAAAUAAUUUUACCCCUGAAGAGUCUGAAAGUUCAGGUGAUGAGAAGAAACAAGAAAUAACAUCAAACUUUAAGGAGGAAUCUAAUGUGAUGAGGCGCUUCAUUCCAAAGACCCAGAAGCCGUCUAGAAGUGAAAUUCCUGUUAAAAGGGAGUGCCCUACCUCGACCAGCACAGAGGAGGAAGCCAUCCAGGGCAUGCUGACCAUGGCGGGGCUGCACUAUUCCCCAUGCCUACAGAGGCCAGCACGGAACACCGACCACAGCAGCACGAAGAGAGAGACUGUCCAUGGCAGUGACCGUGAGGCCAGGCCACUGUGUCGCAUUGACAAACCCGUGGAAUGUGGGUACCAUGUCAAGACUGAGGAUCAAGAAUUGAGGACUUCUUCCUGGAUCAAACAAUUGGAUACAACUUCCAGAUUCACUCCUCAGACAGUUCAUGGCUCCCUCACCUUUCCUCUCCCUCAGAGAGUCAUCAAGAAGGAAGGCUCCACAGAGCUCUUCCAGAAGACGCAGAGCAGGAGCCCCGGGGACAGCAGCGGGGCGGGCGUGCCGAGUGGGAAGUGCGGGCAGAACUCAAGCUUGCUCAGCAGUGACAGUCUCAGUCCAGAGCGGCCAGGCGGGGAGACCUCCUUUUCAGUGCCCCUGCACCCCACCAAGAGACCUGCGUCCAACCCACCGCCUGUCAGCAACCAGGCAACAAAAGGUAAACGUCCAAAAAAAGGGAUGGCAACAGCUAAACAGCGUCUUGGGAAGAUUCUCAAGUUGAACAGAAAUGGCCACGCUCGUUUCUUCGUGUGA